AUGUCUAGUGACCCAGAGGACGACUACGUACCUUGGAUCCAACAAUUCUGCGAGGCAUUUGGUCAUGACUACUUUGUGCCAGUAGCCCAGGAAUUUAUAGAAGAUGACUUCAACUUAACUGGUUUAUCACUGCAAGUGCCCUACUAUAGGGAGGCAUUAUACACCAUCUUAGACUACCAGGUGGAGACCGCAGAGGACAACAGUGGUAGCGGAGGCAACGGUCUGGCUAAUAAUGGACCCAAUGGAUCCUCGGGCAAAAGAAACGACUUACCCAACAAGGCAUUACUAUCACAUUCGGCUGAGCUUUUGUAUGGGCUUAUACACGCAAGAUACAUCAUUUCCAAGGCUGGGUUGACGGCUAUGGCCAGCAAAUUCGAGCGGUCGGAGUUUGGCAUCUGUCCACGGUAUUACUGUGACGGCAUGCAUCUCAUCCCCGUUGGUGCCACCGACAUUCCUGGACAGGAGACGGUCAGAUUGUACUGUCCAUGCUGUAACGACAUCUAUCUUCCGCUGAGCUCGCGGUACCUAAAUAUUGACGGUGCUUUCUUCGGAACAACGUUUCCUGGGUUAUUGGUCAAGAUGUUUCCGGAGAUUGAGAACCAGUGUAAGAUUCGGAUUAACAAGGUCAACCAGGACAACUUUGGUUUGCGGUUGUUUGGCUUCCGCAUUCACGAAUCCAGUGCUAGUGGUCCACGGAUGAAGUGGUUGAGACAGUAUCCGCAGAAUGAUGAGGAAAAGAAAGAAUUCGACGAGUGUGAGCUCUCUAUCCCGCACGACGCAGCCAGCGACUUAGAUUUGGCAGUUUCGGAGGGUUCAGAGAACGAGGUCUAUAUGGACGACGACAAGACAAUGGCCAGUGAGGAUAUUUAA